AUGGUCUCAUCUGACCCACUAAAGGGCACUGAACCGACCAUGCAGCCUGGGAUCACUCUGAAACCGGCUGGCAGACCGACUUGCGCCAUGAGGCCUGGCGACCGUAGAGCGGGAGAGGCGGCCGGUCCCCCGGUCCGUAGCCACGAAAUGCUGGCACAAUGCAAGCAGGAACCCUGUUACCCCCCCCGGACUGUCGGGGGUGAUCGCGGUCCACACCUGAGAGACAAAACGAGACUGGAGCGGGGACAGUGGGGAAAAGCGCGGGGAAGCAUGCAACAAGACGCUGCACCCAACAUGGCGGACGCCACGCUUCCCCUUGAACCUACAGACCCACAGUAUGGGACCCGGCAAAGACUGGAAGCACUCUUCGACAAUUUCUGGCGCAAGCUGGAGGCUAAAAUGAAACCGACGGCCUCACCACAAAUAAGCGAGAGGCGUAAAAGCAGCAAGCAUGGCGCUACCAAGAGGGCCGCCGAGCCACAACCCAAACAGAGCAACUCGGGCCUACCAGCGCAAAACCUGAGGGAGGUCUGUAAACCCAAACCAAAAACCAAUCCAGCAUCGCCCACCAAAAAGGCGUACAAAGCUGCCGCCCUGACUACCCGGCAUUCUUCUGGGCUGGGAGCCCAUCGGGGGCUUACCCCAUGCCGUCCAUACACCCGUGGGGACACCCGGGACAGGGAGAAUCCGCGGGCCCCCGAGCCAACCACUGUGUCUGGAAGGCUCCAUGUACACAAGGCGGGGGCUCUCGCUAAGGCCCGGAGCCAGAGACUGGGGAAAUCGAGCCGCAGCCGGAACGCCCAAACGGUACGGCGAGUCCACUACCACACACGUGUACAGACCCCAGCCAGGAGAAGCAAUACUGACCUGUGGACAUUGCCUCUGAGCACCACCUAUGCUUCACUUGCAGGCACCAAGAACAUACCGACUAUGGGAGUCGGCUGA